UAUCGUAAUCAUUAAAAAAGUUUUAAGCAAUCACAAGCUCUGUGUUACGUGAUGUUUAUUUACCUUGUAAUGUAAUUUUUAAUGUAUAUGAAUUGAUCGUUUUGGUUUGGGUACAAAAUAUGACGCUUGUUAAUAGUUUUUCAGGAGCAGAUAUUUAUAGCAUAUCGCGAGGAAAGUCUUAUUGGCAGCCGUAAAAUUUUGAUUUUCAAAAUAACCUUGUAUUUAGAUUCUGCAGCGAUGAUUUCUCUGAUCAUUUAGUUUACUAAUAGAUUAACAAUGGAAUCCCCUAUGCAAGAAACGAUAUAUGGCACUAACUCUGACGAUAGUCAUGUUAUGUCCGAAAAAGUACAGAGCUUAGCUUCAAACAUAUAUCAGGAACUAGAACGUAUGAUAGAAAAAUACGAUGAAGAUGUGGUUAAAGAACUUAUGCCUCUUGUUGUUAAUGUCCUCGAGAGUCUUGAUUCUGCAGUUAUGGACAAUCAAGAGCAUGAAGUAGAAUUAGAACUUUUGAGGGAAGACAAUGAACAACUUGUUACGCAAUACGAAAGAGAAAAACAGCUUCGAAAAUCAGCUGAACAGAGGCUACUUGAAAUUGAAUACUCUACUGAUGAUGAUAGACGAAAUUUAUUAGCGAAAGUUGAGAGUUUAGAAUCCAUUGUGCGCAUGUUAGAACUCAAAGCAAAAAAUUCUUCUGAUCAUGCUUCUCGUCUUGAAGAAAAAGAUUCGGAAAUGAAAAAGGAGUAUGCUAUACUUCAUGAAAGAUAUACUGAACUUUUCAAAACGCACAUGGAUUAUAUGGAAAGGACUAAAAUUCUUUUUGGGCCUGACAAAUUAGAAGUUCUGAAUACCAAAACGAGGCCUCUUCAUUUCCCACAUACUAAAUCCAAUAUCACCUCUUUUGUAUCUCCUCAAGAAGUUGGUUCAAAUAUUUUAAGUAGUCCUGCUGACGUACCAUCUCUUGUAUCUCCUAAUCAAAGUUCUGAUUCUAAUGCCAGUCUUAAAAGUGAAAUUCAGGAAGUUGCCUACUCAACAGUUGCCACCAGUCCUAGGCGUAAAAGUGGUUCCAAGGGUAAAGAAAAAUCUGUCACUGAAAAAGGCCAGAUAACAGAUAGAAUAACUUUAAGUGACAGGAGUACAGGCACAAGAGAUGGUUGGGUGGAUGACUUGGAUGUUAAUCUUAAUGAUGCUUUAGUUACAACUCCAGAAAUGGAUGAAAUCGAAGAAAUGGAUGGAUAUAACUUUGAUCUUGAUAACAGUACCAUGAAAAGUGAACGUCAUAGGCCUAAUACAUUAUAUGAAGAACUAAGCUUCCAAGAUAAUGAUGCAUUAGGGGAUCUGGAGGAAGGAGCUGACAUUUCAGGUGGAUAUGCUCGUCGCAGAGAUUACGCUUCUUCAGAGAGUGAUGGGGAGAGCGAGCGUGAACACAAGGUUAAUGACAGUAUUUUCGGUAUGGGAAAAGAGGUUGAAAAUCUAAUAUCAGAAAAUAAUGAACUGUUAGCUACUAAAAACGCCUUGAAUGUUGUAAAAGAUGACCUCAUUGCCAAAGUAGAUGAACUUACAAGUGAACAAGAGAUAUUAAGAGAAGAAUUAAAACAAUACAUGAGUGUCAAAGAGAAGCUAAAGCAAAGAAUAUCUGAACUAGAGGAAGAAUUAAAGAAAGCCAAAGAAGCAGCUGAAAAGUCAAAAUCUGGAAAAUCUGAUGAUGAAGAGGAAUUACCAAUGGCUCAGAGGAAAAGGUUUACUCGUGUUGAAAUGGCUCGUGUAUUAAUGGAAAGAAAUCAAUACAAAGAACGGCUGAUGGAACUUCAAGAAGCUGUGAGAUGGACUGAAAUGAUACGUGCAUCUCGUAGUGAUUCUUCCCUUGAUACGAAAAGGAACAAAUCUUCUAUAUGGAAAUUUUUCAGCAAUUUAUUUAAUGCAAAUGAAAAGCCUCCUAGGAAAUCUAUGCCUUUUGUAAAUGUUCAUUAUAAUGCUCCUACAACAAGCUCAGGUCCUGCCUUGGACACAAUGAGAAAGAAGCGAUUAGGUGACAGACACAGAGGCCUUGACAUACUUGACAGUGAUUUGGUUUCUGAGAAACUUCAACAGCAAAGAGCAAGAGAGCGCCGAGAGCAAUAUAAACAAGUUCGGGCUCAUGUUAGGAAGGAGGAUGGUAGGCUGCAAGCUUAUGGAUGGAGUCUUCCAUCUCGGACAAGUUCAACUGUUAAAAAUACGGAAACAGAAACAGCCACUCAAGCAAAAACUCAUAAUUCUUCGGUUCCGGUCCCAGUUCCAGUCUUUUGCCGACCACUACUGGAGAAAGAAAUUGGAAUGAAGGUGUGGUGUGCUGCUGGAGUUGAUUUAACUGGGGGCAAACCUGAAUCAUCAAAUGUGUCAGUUGUGGGUUCUAGUUUGUUCUAUGUAACUUCAGCAGAUGAAGUAACAAAACUUAAUGAUGAGUUAAAGGAGUAUGAGAAACAUCGUAAAGAGCAGAUGCUGAUGGAGCGCAACCUUUCGUCCUAUGUUUGGUUAUGCACUAGUACACACACGACUAGUAAAGUCACUGUCAUUGAUGCUAAUAAUCCCGCAGAAAUUUUAGACUCUUUUCAAGUAUGCAGCUCACAUCUUCUUUGUAUUGCAAGUAUUCCAGGUACCAAAUCAUCAGAUUACCCUGUUGAUGAGGAAUUUCUGAAAAUGGGAAAGAGGGAAUCUUCAAUGGAUUGUAGUGAUACUGAACCUGGAAAAGCCGGGGAUUUACUUUAUAUCAGCAUUGCUGCUGAAACUGCCUGUGAUUCUUCUGCUUCCACACCUGUAAAUAAAGAUUCUUCUAUAGAAAGUGCUCAAAACAAUGUGAUUGAAGAAACAAAGUAUAUUGAUGAAGAUUCAAACAGAAUCUCAUCAUCAUUUGCACAAAAUAGUAAGGAUGAUCUCCCCUCAUCACAUCCUCUGUCUGAAUCAUUUGAAAAUGUUUCUUCAUCCCCUGAUAAGCCAAAUCAUGACAUCCAGCAAACUGAAAAAAUGUCGUCUGUUUUACCCACUAUGUGGCUUGGUUCACAGGGUGGACACAUAUAUGUGCAUUCCUCUGUGGCUCAGUGGUGGUGCUGCAUUAAUUCUGUGAAAUUAAGAGAUUCUGUACUCAGUAUCGUACAUAUGAGGGGUCGCGUGUUUGCUGGAUUGGCAGACGGAAGUGUUGCUAUUUUCCAUCGGGGUUCAGACGGAGAAUGGGAUCUUCUAAACUUCCAUUUACUUGACUUGGGAAGACCUCUGUACUCUGUUCGCUGUAUGACAAUAGUUGAUAAGUACGUCUGGUGUGGAUACAGGAACUGUAUUCAUGUAGUGGAUACUGAGAGUCUUGCAGUUGUGGAAACGUUUGAUGCACAUCCUCGCAAAGAAAGUCAAGUUCGACAAAUGGCCUGGAUUGAGGACGGCGUAUGGGUAACUAUUCGUUUGGAUAGCACUUUACGGCUUUAUCAUGCGCAUACUCGCCAACAUCUUCAGGAUGUUGAUAUUGAACCUUAUGUGAGCAAAAUGUUAGGAACUGGUAAAUUAGGAUUUUCCUUUGUGAGAAUAACAGCUUUAUUGAUCUCAUGCAAAAGGCUGUGGAUGGGUACAGGCAAUGGAGUCAUUAUAUCUGUGCCUUUAACUGAAGAAAAAGUACAGUGUGCAUCAUCAGACUCUUCAGGUCGAGCUCCAGGAAGUGUAGUUAGAGUUUAUUCUGACAUUGGAGACAGCUUGCAUAAAUCUGGUUUUAUUCCAUAUUGCUCUAUGGCCCAGGCCCAGUUGUCAUUUCAUGGUCAUCGAGAUGCUGUAAAAUUUUUUGUUGCUGUUCCUGGUUUUGCUGCAUCAAGUAAAAUUGGCUCAGAUCAGGAUGGAAAAGAUAUGCAGUCAGAAAUAAAACAAGCUGUAAGCAGAAACAAAGAAACUGGUCAAAAACCAGAUUGUAUGCUUAUUCUUUCUGGAGGAGAAGGCUAUAUUGAUUUUAGAAUUGGAGAUGGAGAGGAAGAUGAGACUCUGGCUUCAUUAACUCCAGAUAGUGAUGAAAGACGUCCAGUUGCUUUAGUGAAGGGUGAUCGCAGCCACCUCAUAGUGUGGCAAGUUGCUCUUGCCGACUAAUAAACUGUAUUAAAAAAAUUAUGUUUGAAUUAAGGUCAGUUAAACAUAUAAUUUUCACAUAAUCUGUUCAAAAACUUUUGAUAAAAUAUUGUGUGAAUAAUUUAUUGACAAAUUGUUUUAUUUAAUUUUAUGACGGAUGUGACUAUUUAUUUUAGAUCUUUGACAUUGUUGAUAUUUUAAAUCAAGUUGCCAUAAUUUUAAUUGUUUAAAAUAUUUUAUCAAUAAAUUUUAUUUCUUGUUUGAUAAAAUGAAUUUCUAGUCAACAUUCAGACAGGAGUUAGUGCAAAUGUAAAAUUUCCUAUCUGUAUUUGUAAGUGCAAGCAUUUGUAGCUCCCAAAUGAUAGAAAUUAAAAAAUUAGGUCAUUCUCAUUUGUAAAAGAGUUUGUGUGUAAUAUUUCUAUAUGUAUAUAAUAAAAUCAUGAAGUCUUUGUUU